AUGCCCUCCGAGGCAAAAGAGAGCAAGGAUGGAGAUGCCAACGGCGAUGCAAAGCGCGGCCGAGCAGCCUUUGACGUAGAUGAGGACGAGACUGUGCUGCCAGACGACGCCAAGAAGCCGCCGAUGCGCGCAAGUAUCGGCUGGGGCAACGAGACGACUCUUGCCAGUGACGAGAAGGAGGGGGGGAACCCCGACCCCGAUGCCACCCCUGCGGCCACUGGAGCGUUAACGAGCGAGUCGAAGCGCGUGGGUCGACGUCGCAAGGGCUCCGAAGCUACGGGGUCUUCAGGUGGAGACCGACGCAACCAAAAGAACCGAUACUUCGAAGAGGACGAUGAGACCACCGAUAUCAUGGAGAUCCCAGACCUCGAAGAAGAAGAACGCGAGCCAGACAUCACCACUAUGGUCGCUGAGGCUCCUCGCAACACGACGCGUGCGGUGCAAAGUCUCAAGCAGCUGGACAAAGACAUCAAGUUCGCUCUCCCAAGCGCACAGACCCACGGCGUCGAUCUGCAUCUCCUAACGAGCGCCCUGUGCCCCGAACGAGCAGUUUACGAAGAAGACGAGCCCUGGGACUUCGACACGCUGCUCAACGACAUCGCGCAGGAAAUCCAGAAAGACCUCGACGAGAAGGAAGAGCUCGUCCGCCUCGGCUCUCAAGACUCGCUCCACCUCGCCCCCUAA